GCGCAGCCGGUGCGGGGCGGGCCGCGGCGGCGGGAGGGGAGAGGCAGGCUCCGCCGGCACACGCCGCUGCUGGCAGGGGGCCGAGCGCGCGCGAGGAGCCGCCGCCGCCGCCGCUCGGGGUCGCCUGCAGCCCCAGAUUCCCGAGCGCUCGGCUGGCAUGGCAGCCGCCUCCGCGCCGAGCCCCGCGGCCAGCUAGGGGGGCCCCCCUCCCCGCCCCCGCCCCCGCCCCCGCCCCCGGCCCAGACCGUCGGAUCCCGUUGGACUCUGCGCCCUGGGGACGCGUCGCCUCCCGGCUGGAGACCCCUCCACCUGGACCGCGAUCCCAGCCCUGGCCAUUUCCCCCGCGCGCCGUGGCCACGCUCGCCGCUGCCCAUCCUUUGGCCUCUUUCCCACCAGUGGGCUCCUGUCUCCAGUCCCUUCUCUUCCUGCCUUCCUCGCCCCCGCCCUUCGGCUCCCUAGCCGGGGUUUUAGUCGCUCUCCCUCUCCGGCUCCUGUCACUUGGAACCAGUGUCAGCGCCGCUAUCUCCGGGUCCAGCCGCUUCACAGCCAGUGCCAUCCCACAGGUGUCUCUACGUCUGGCCUUCAUCCGUCGGUCCCUCCUGGGGCCGGAACUGACCAUGCCCAGCGGCUGCCGCUGUCUACAUCUCAUGUGCCUGCUGUGCAUCCUGGGGGCAACCAGCCAGCCUGCCAAAGCGGAUGACUGCAGCUCUCACUGUGACCUGGCCCACGGCUGCUGUGCUCCCGACGGCUCCUGCAGGUGUGACCCAGGCUGGGAGGGGCUGCACUGCGAGCGCUGUGUGAGGAUGCCUGGCUGCCAGCACGGUACCUGCCACCAGCCCUGGCAGUGCAUCUGCCACAGUGGCUGGGCAGGAAAGUUCUGUGACAAAGACGAGCACAUCUGUACUUCACAGUCACCCUGUCAGAACGGAGGCCAGUGUGUGUACGACGGCGGUGGCGAGUACCACUGUGUGUGCCUGCCAGGCUUCCAUGGGCGCGGCUGUGAGCGCAAGGCUGGGCCUUGUGAGCAGGCAGGCUCCCCAUGCCGGAAUGGCGGCCAGUGCCAGGACAACCAAGGUUUUGCCCUGAACUUCACGUGCCGCUGCUUGGCAGGAUUCAUGGGUGCCCACUGUGAGGUCAAUGUGGAUGACUGCCUGAUGCGACCCUGUGCUAAUGGUGCCACGUGUAUUGACGGCAUAAACCGCUUUUCCUGCCUCUGCCCUGAGGGCUUUGCUGGACGCUUCUGCACCAUCAACCUGGAUGACUGUGCCAGCCGCCCGUGCCAGAGAGGGGCCCGCUGUAGGGACCGCAUCCAUGACUUUCACUGCCUGUGCCCCAGUGGCUACGGAGGCAAGACUUGUGAGCUUGUCUUACCUGCUCCAGACCCAGCCACGACGGGAACCCCACAGACACCCACCGCAGCUGCGGUUGCACCUGCUACGGGGCCAGCCCCUCACAGUGCAGGGGCAGGCCUGCUGAGGAUCUCAGUGAAGGAGGUGGUGCGGAGGCAGGAGACUGGGCUAGGUGAGUCUAGCCUGGUGGCCCUGGUGGUGUUCGGGUCCCUUACUGCUGCUCUGGUCCUGGCCACUGUGUUGCUGACCCUGAGGGCGUGGCGCCGGGGCAUAUGGCCCACUGGACCCUGUUGUUACCCAGCCCCACACUAUGCCCCAGCUCGGCAGGACCAGGAGUGUCAGGUUAGCAUGCUGCCAGCAGGGUUCCCUCUGCCACCAGACCUGCCCCCAGAGCCUGGUAAGACCACAGCGCUGUGAUGGAAGCGGCGGGGGGGCUUUCGGGCCCCCUUGCUCAUUUCCUUCACACCUCAGACUGUAGCGGUCCUUUCUCAGCGGCUCUCCACUUUGGUACAGCCAUCCAGGGGAUUUCAGCCUCACACCAGAAAUACUAUUUUUUUAAAAACACAGGAUGCCAGAUAGGAAUUUUAUCAAAUAAAAUUAUUAAAAUGCAA